UACAGCCCAGACAAGGCAGAAGGUACAAAACAAUGAAAGAGAAUAUAUCUUUAUUUGCAUGGUUGCAAAUGUGAGUUUAACUUUGCUUCAUAAUCAUCUAUGAAAUAUUUCUGCCGAUAGCGAAGACAUAAAUAUCUUAUCUAGGGCUCAGCAGAGAAAUUGAAGAAAAAUAAAGAUUUCACCAGAACAGCCAUGUGAAGAUUGAUCAGCGAACUUUAGAGAUUUCUGCUUUGACAUUGAGCCAACAAUGAAAGAAGGAGUAGAAAAAGGAGAAGGAAGAAGAACUUCGCUGUACCCUAAAAAAUCUGAAUAACAUUUUAGAUCAGUGAAUAACCAGCAGUGACAUGAGACUCUGGACUAUCUCUGUUCUGACAUGGAAAGUGUCCUGCAGAGUAUCUUCACUCUUGUAAUAAUUGCAGAAUUCAUAAUUGGGAAUUUGAGCAAUGGAUUCAUAGUACUGAUAAACUGCACUGAAUGGGUCAGUAAAAGAGAGUUGUCCUCAGUUGAUCAAAUCCUCAUUAUCUUGGCAAUCUCCAGAAUUGGGCUGAUCUGGGAAAUAUUAAUAAGUUGGUUUGUAGUUCUGCAUCAUCCAGCCAGUCUUAUGGAUGGAACAGUUUUAAAAACUGGUAUAUUUAGCUGGACAGUUUCUAAUCACUUCAGUCUCUGGCUUGCUACAAUCCUCAGCAUCUUUUAUUUGCUCAAAAUAGCCAGUUUCUCUAACCCUGCUUUUCUCUAUUUGAAGUGGAGAGUAAACAAAGUGAUUCUGAUGAUACUGCUAGGAACCUUGGUCUUCUUAUUUUUAAAUCUGAUACAAAUAAACAUUCAUAUUAAAGAAUGGCUGUAUCGAUGUGAAAGAAACACAUCUUGGAAUUUCAGUAUGAGUGACUUUGCAACAUUUUCAGUGUCGGUCAAAUUCACUAUGACUAUGUUCAGUCUAACACCAUUUACUGUGGCCCUCAUCUCUUUUCUCCUGUUAAUUUUCUCCCUGCGGAAACAUCUCCAGAAAAUGCAGCUCAGUUACAAAGGGCAGAGAGACCCCAGGACCAAGGCCCACAUAAAUGCCUUGAAAAUUGUGAUCUCAUUCCUUUUACUCUAUGCCAGUUUCUGUCUAUCUAUGCUCAUAUCAUGGAUUUCUGACCUGUAUCAGAACAAACUGGUUGAGAUGCUUUGUCAGACAAUUGGAGUUUUCUAUCCUUCAUGCCACUCCCUUCUUCUGAUUCUAGGAAACCCCAAGUUAAGACAGGCCUCUGUUUCGGUGGCAGCUAAGGUAUGGGCUAAACAAUGA